CCUGUUUCCGAUUCUGUGUCUCCCUCUCUCUCUGCCCCUCCCCCGUUCAUGCUCUGUCUCUCUCUGUCCCAAAAAUAAAUAAACGUUGAAAAAAAAAAUUAAAAAAAAAAAAAGAAGACAUGAGAGAACUCAUAUAGGGAGGAAGCCCUAUCGGUGUAUAGAAUGUGGGAAAACUUUCCUCUGGGAGAAAAUCCUGAAGAUACAUUGGAGAAUUCACACAGGGGAGAAACCUUAUGCAUGUAAUGAAUGUGGGAGAGCUUUUACCUACAUGUCACAACUCAGAGCACAUCAGAAAAAGCACACAGGGCAGAAACCCCAUGAAUGUAAUGAGUGUGGGAAGGCUUUCACCCGGAGGUCAAGCCUUGCAAUACAUCAGAGAACUCACACAGGGGAGAAACCCUAUGAAUGUAAUGAAUGUGGGAAAGCUUACAGCUGGAAGUCUAGCCUUGAACUACAUCAGAGAACUCACACAGGGGAGAAGCCCUAUGAAUGUAAUGAAUGUCAGAAAGCUUUCACCCAGAAGUCAAGCCUUGUAAUACAUCGGAAAAGUCACACAGGGGAAAAACCCUAUAAAUGUAAUGAGUGUGGGAAAGCUUACACCUGGAAGUCAAGUCUUGAACUACAUCAGAGAACUCACACAGCAGACAGACUCCACAAAUGUAAUGAAUAUGGGAAAGCUUUCACCUGCAUGUCACGCCUCCGAGGACAUCAGAAAAUCCACACAGGAGAGAAACCCUAUGAAUGUAUAGAAUGUGGGAAAACGUUCCUCUGGAAGUCAUUCCUGAGAAUACAUCAGAGAAUUCACACAGGAGAGAAACCCUAUGAAUGUAAUGUAUGUCGGAAAGCUUAUACCUGGAAGUCAAACCUUGAACUACAUCAGAGAACUCACACAGGGGAGAAGCCCCAUGAAUGUAAUCACUGUGGGAAGACUUUCACCCAGAAGUCAAGCCUUAUAAUACAUCAGAGAACUCACACAGGGGAGAAACCCUAUGAAUGUAAUGAAUGUGGAAAAGCUUACACCUGCAUGUCACGCCUCAGAGGACAUCAGAGAAUUCACACAGGGGAGAAACUUUAUGAGUGUAUUGAAUGUGGUAAAACUUUAAUCUGGAAAAGCCAACGAAUAAUACAUCAGAGAAUUCACACUGGGGAGAAACCCUAUAAAUGUAAGGAGUGUGGGAAAGCUUACACCCAGAAGUCAAGCCUUAUAAUACAUCAGAGAAAUCACACUGGGGAAAAACCCCAUGAAUGUAAUGAAUGUGGGAAAGCUUUCACCUGCAUGUCACGCCUCCGAGGACAUCAGAAAAUCCACACAACGAAGAAACCCUAUAAAUGUAUAGAAUGUGGGAAAACAUUCCUCUGGAAGUCAUUGCUGAGAACACAUCAGAGGAGGCAUACACAGGAGAAGCCCUAUGAAUGUAAUGAGUGUGGGAAAGGUUAUACCUGGAAGUCAAGCCUUGAACUACAUCAGAGAACUCACACAGGUGAAAAACCUCAUGAAUGUAAUGACUGUGGGAAGACUUUCACCCAGAAGUCAAGCCUUAUAAUACAUCAAAGAAGUCACAGGGGAAAACCCUAUGAAUGUAACGAAUGUGGAAAAGCUUACACCUGCGUGUCAUGCCUCAGAGGACAUCAGAGAAUUCACACAGGGGAGAAACUCAAUGAAUGUAUUGAAUGUGGUAAAAUUUUUGUCUAAAAGUCCGUCCUCAGAAUGCACUUAAGGAGGCAUACACAGGAGAAGUCAUAUGAAUGUAAUGAAUGUGGGAGAGCUUUCAUCUACAAACACUACUUGAGAAUACAUCAGAGAACUCACACAGGGGAGAAACCGUAUGAAUGUGUUGAGUGUGAGAAGAGUUUUGUUCAGAAAUCGGUUCUCAUAGCACAUCAGAGAAUGCAUGCAAGGAAGAAAUGCUGAGUGUAAUUAAUGUGAGAAAGCUUUCAUUUCCAAUUUAACUUUCUAACCUUAUGAGAAACUUCAUUCUCAGAAAUGAGUCUCAACUUAAUGAAAGCAUUAGAAAACUCCAAAAGGCGAGAAGUCUGAUAAAUGUGGUAAUGUGGGAAGAUUUUCAGUGGGUUGUCAGAUGUAAAAAGCUAAGAUGAAGAAAAAUAGCUUUACUUUCAGGGUCAGUGGCUGGGCCUAUGUAAAUUUAAAGACAUUAACAGGAAAAGAAAGUUUAUUUCAUAUACACAUGGAGGGAUCUCACAGAAAUCAAAUGAAAACCCAAAAGAGGUGGUCAGACCUGGAAGCUUAUAUACCACUUUAACAAAAGAGCAAUACAUUUGCAAAGAAGUGUCCAGACAAAGGAAACUAGUUUUGAGCUUUUAGUGAUGGUAAAUUGUGGGAAAGUAAAUAUAUGGGAAAUGAAUGGAAGACAAAGGUUAUUUCAGUAAGGUGUGUUUAUGCAGAUAUUGGUGCUAUCUCUUUUCUUUUGGGAGACAGGAUAGGAACACCUUCAUAAAAGGAAAUUUAUGCCCUGCCUUUAGGUGGAUAGGGGGAGGGCGAGAAUUUUUUGCGUUUACCGUUUUUAAGUUGCUUUUGGUUCAAAAUAAUACAUAUGCCAAAGUGGCAUGUUUUGGGGGGGGUAUAUUCUGAUCCCCUUUAUCACAUGGGAGAAACCAUAUAAUUGUGAUGGAUGUAGGGAAGAUUUCCACCAGCAGUUGACCAUCAGGGUCAGAAAACUCAUGGAAUUGAUCAUAUGAAUGUAAUGAAUUUAGAAAUACUUUCAUCCAGAUAAAAUAUUAUAUUACAUAAUUUAAACAAUAUAAACAGCCCUGUAAAUGUCUUGGAAUGCUUUCAGCCAGAAAUCAUACUUUUGAGAACAUCAGAGAGAACUCAGAGGUUGAAAGUGUAAAGAUGAUGUAUGCAGGGAGAUUUUUCAGCCGCAAGUCAGGGCUAAGAAAAGAUAGCAGAACUGAAAGGGGCUAAAACUUAUUAAGCUAAUGAACAUGGAUGCUCCUCAGGAAGUUCCUCACUAUUCAUAAGAGAACUGUCUUAAUCUGUUGAGGCAGCUGUCAGAAAAAUAUCCUAGACUGGGUGGCAUAAAUAGCAAGCAUUUAUUUCUGUUAGUUCUAGAAACUGGAAAGGCAAAGGUCAAGGUGCUUGUAGAUUUUGUUGUCUGGUGAGGAUCCACUUCUUGGUUCACAGAUGGCCAUCUUUUGUCCUCAUGAGGAGGAAGGGAGCACUUUGGGACCUCUUAUAAAGGACACAAAUGCCGUUCACGAGGACUUUGCUCUCAGUACUACCAUCUUUCAAGGGCCUCCACUUCAAAAUACCAGCACAUUGGGGAUUAGGUUUGAACAUAGGAAAUUUGGAAAAACACAUACAUUCAGUCUAGAGCAACAGCUUACACUGGAAGGAGACUUGAAAUGUACAUAUAGUUUUUCAGCCACCAAGUAUAUAGACCUUGUUGGACAUUAGGAAAUUCUCUGGGGGAAAGAGCCACUGGAGGUAAUGAAUGUAGGAAAACACUGUUAAUUCAACUCUCAGUAAACUUCCAUUGUGGAGAAAUGCAGGAAGUAAUAAUGUGAAAGGUUUUUUUUUGUCAAAAGAUUGAAUCUCACUAAGAGAAUGAAGAAAAUCUAGAAGGUAAUAAAUGUGUGAUAACUUCAGCCAAAAGCCACCUUUCUCUGGACAACAAAAUGCAUUGAGUGGUAGAGACCUAAUAGUAUAUUACCCAGAUGAAAAAUCUUAUGAAGGUAAUGGAUUUGGGAAAUCAAUCUACAAUAAAUUCUAUGUAGUAGAAUGUGGAUGCUGGUGUUAAAUCCUGUCGUGGACUCUGGGUCUGGAGUUCUCUCUUGUCCAGCAAGAGAGUGGACACAGGAUUAAAAUGUGAGAGAGGCUAAUGUCCGGGAGGAGACAACCCCAAGUAAGGGCCUUUUGCUCUAUUUUUAUGAGGGUCAGAAGGCUUAUAAGUGUGCACAGAGAAACAAUGAAACCGUGGAUUAACUCAAGGACACGAGGGAAAAGAGGGUAUUGAAGAUAUGCAGUGUUAGGGGUUUGGGUCAACACAAAACAAAGUCCUGGUGCCGGACAGAUGGUUGUUCACAGCAGGCAUGAGGCGCCACAUCUGUUUAUCUUAGCUAGCUUAGGGGAUAAGACAGUUAAAGUAUGCUACCUCAGGGUCAAUAAGGCACCUUUUUUUUUUUUGCUAAUUAGCUCCUCUCUGGGCACCUUCGCCCUGCUAUGGUCUAUAGCCCUGUUUACCUAUUUUGGUCCUUUCUUCCUGUGAAAACCGCUUUCUGCUAUUGUACUAAGUUGGGGGUGCUUCUGCCCUGAAUACUUAAGCUUGUUUACCUAAGAUUACCUAAACAUUGUGGAUGUUUUCAUUCUGAGAUUUACUGUUUCCAUACCUUUCUAUGUCCUAUCUUGGGGGCCUUUGCCCUGUUGACCUAAUCUUGUUUACCUUAUCUUGGAUGUGUUCAUCUUGUGGCUAUUUCUUUAUGCCUUGUUAACCCAUUGGUGCAAGCUCAGGGAAUUCCUAAGCUUAUUCCCCACAAAAUCCCAUGAAAGACAUC